AUGCAUCACAUGCAGAUUCAAGAGCAGCAACUCAUCGUAUUCAACUUCACGAUUUGCAACGGACAACAACAACAAUUCCAACAGGAAUUCAUAGAAAAGGAGGAUGGAGAACAUAUUCGAAUACCAAGAGGGAAGGAAUUCACGCUACCUGGAGAUUGGAUGGAAGAGACUAUUUUGGAUGAUGAACUUGAAUCAAAUAUUAACUUUUCUGAAGAGCCACAAAUUAAUAUUGUUGCAGAAGAGAAUAUUGAGCCUUAUGUAGGAAUGGAAUUUGAUUCAUUGGAAAAAGUUACAGAUUUUUACAGAUUAUUUUCUAAAGCAAAAGGAUUUGGAAUUCGUACUCGAUCAAGUAAGCCAAAUUAUUGCAUUUUAGUAUGUGUUAGGGAGGGUAAACUACCGGUGAAAAGUACGAAUGAUAAUAAUGUGGAAGUGAAGAAAACAUGUUCAACCAUGCGCAUGGGAUGUCAAGCAUCACUUACUAUAUCAAAAGAAAAUAAUAGCCACAUGUGGACUGUAAAAUCAUAUGACAAUAAUCACAAUCAUGCCAUGGCUAGUCCCAAAAGUGUAUCUUAUUUGAGGUGUCAUAAAAAUAUGAAUAAUGCUGCAAAAAAUCUUAUUGAGAAGUUUAGUGAAGAAGGUUUGCCUACUGGAAAGGUUGCUUCAAUGUUUAAGGAAAGUGAUUUAGCUUUUUCUAAUAGAGAUUGUUGGAAUCACAUGAGAAAUGUUCGAACGAAUAAUUUGGAUAUCGGAGAUGCACAAGCAGUUUUUAAUUAUUUCAAGCACAAGCAAGCUCAAAAUUCUAAUUUUUUCUAUGCAAUACAGUGUGACGAUGAAGCUAGAAUGGUAAAUUUUUUUUGGGUUGAUGCCAGAUCAAGGUUAGCUUAUCAACAUUUUGGAGACGUUGUUACCUUUGACACUACUUAUAAAACCAACAAAUAUAGUAUGCCAUUUGCCCCAUUUACUGGGGUAAACCAUCAUCUCCAAUCAAUUUUAUUUGGCUGUGCAUUAUUACAAGAUGAAUCAGAAAUAUCUUUUACAUGGUUAUUUGAAACUUGGCUUGAAGCAAUGAAUGGAAAAAAACCAAUAUCAAUAAUAACUGAUCAAGACUUAGCUAUUGGAGCUGCAGUGACUAAGGUAUUUCCACAAACCCGUCAUCGUUUAUGUUUGUGGCACAUAAGAAAGAAGUUUCCAGAAAAGCUUGCACAUAUAUAUCACAAAAAAUCAAAGUUUAAGCAUGAGCUAAAGAGAUGCAUUCGAGAAUCACCAACUGUAAAUGAUUUUGAAGUUGAUUGGCAGCAAAUAAUGGAUACCUACAAUUUACAAGAAAAUGAUUGGCUUCAGCGGUUGUUUGAAAUUCGAGAGUCAUGGAUACCCGUUUAUAACAGAAAAUUUUUUUUUGCCGGUAUGAGUACUACACAAAGAAGUGAGAACAUCAAUUCUUUUUUUGACUCUUUUGUUAAUUCAACCACAACACUACAAGAAUUUGUGGUAAAAUUUGAAAAGGCAGUUAAUAAUCGUUAUGAAGCUGAAAAGAGAGAGGACUUUGAGUCUAAACAUAAAUCACGCAUUUUGAGUAUCAAAUCGAAAAUAGAGGAGCAUGCGGCAUCGAUUUAUACAAGAAAUAUGUUUGGAAAAUUUCAACAUGAGCUUGCACUUGUUAGCCAAUUUACAAAGCACAAGAUUGAGAAAAAUGGCUCACAAUAUAGGUAUCAAAUAUCCAAUUGUUUUAAAGAUCGAGACAAAUUCAUCGUUGAUAUAAAUUUAGAAUCAAAGGAUGCUACUUGUACUUGUCAGCUUUUUGAAUUUAUGGGAAUAUUAUGCAGACACAUUUUGACAAUUUUUCAAACUAAAAAUAUACUUCAAAUUCCCAAUCAAUAUAUAUUGCAUCGCUGGACAAAAGAAGCUAAUAGAUACAUGGAGGUUAGUGUUAUGGAUUCUCAUGAUGAUGAGGUGGAUACUUUGAGAAGCAUACACUUGCAUCAACAAUUUAGCAAAUUUUCAAAUUUUUCUAAACAAUCAAAAGAAGUGUAUGAGUUUAUUAUGGUAGAGUUUGAGCGUAUUUGUAAUACUUUGGAAACAAUGGGAUUAAAAUUCUCCAAUGUAAAUGAUGCUCCUAUAGAUUUGCAACAACAAGAUGUAGAUGACACACAUGAUAAUGUUUCGAAUUUUAUUAUCCAAGACCCCAAUGUGUCACAAACAAAAGGUAGAAAGAGAAAAGAUUCAGACAGUGCCCGUGUACAAGAAAGAUAUAAAAGUGGUGUAGAAUUGUCGAUGGAUAAGACACUGGUUAAAAGAAGGGCAUGCAAAUACUGUGGAGAAUAUGGUCACUAUCAAUCAACUUGCAAAAAUAAAACAACUUGA